UGUCAUCAUAUUUCCAGAUUAGUGCAAUAUUGAAACUAACAGUUAGAUUAAACAGUCAAUAUGAAGAGUUUAUUAGUUCUCAUCGUUUUACUCACAACACUAUAUGAGAAUGUUCAAUCAUACACAUGGGGAGUCCCAGACACUGCUUGCGAUUUCUUCACCCCUUCUCAUAUAGGAAGAAACAGAAAACCUGCUGAAGAUUACUACAAGCUUUCUUCAAAGAAAAUGAUGUUUUCACCUGGAGAAACUAUCGAAAUCAAAGUGAUGGGAAGAUACCUAAGAUCAAAAUAUACAUACACUGGUUUUUUGAUGUCGGUGCGCAAAGACCAAGAAUCCUUUGGGACGUGGGAAGAAUCAUUUGAUCAUGAACACAUUAACUGUAACAGAAAGAUAGGUAGCGCUAUUGCUGAUUCAAACCAAUUUCCCAGAGUAGUGGGACAAGAUGUCUACAGAUGGACUGCUCCAGACGAAUGCGAAUAUGAUCAAAUGUAUUAUGUCAGCGCCACCAUAGCGAAGUCAAAACGUGAAUUUCUGGAUGGAUUGAUGCUUCCAUUGAAAUGUGUGCACAAGUCAAAAAACGUUGAUGAUAGCUGUUCAAGACAAUUUUAUGCAAUACCCGAAGGUGCCAAUACUUCAUUUGAGUUGGACAAUCCAGGAAAUUGGACCGAUGAUAUAAAUUCAAAAAUACCUUGGACGUGGAGAACUGGCAGCACACCGUCCCCUGGGACAGGGCCAAAAAAUGCCAAUGACGGAAAUUACUAUCUAUACAUGGAAGCCAGUUUUCCCUCCAGAAGAGGCCAGAAAGCAAUUUUAGUCAGCCCUCCAGGACUGAGUGGUUGUCUUUGUUUCCGAUUCGCUUAUCACAUGUACACAGAUGAAGACGUAAAGUUUUAUUGCUCAGUAAAUGGCAAGAAUGUACCGUGUCAGCAUCCAGAAUAUUCGUAUGAAAACGAGAAUUCUGCUCCCCUUGACACAAGGAGAGAUAAAUGGAUCAAUUCUUGGAUUUCAAUAAAUGAACCAGGAAAUGUGAAGAUUAAAAUCAUUGGACAGCGUGGAAAUACAUUCCGUGGAGAUAUUGGAUUAGACAACUUUACCUUCACUCCUGGUGUUUGUAUAGAAGACGAAAAAAUAGAUUUAAAUUUUGAAUAAAUUUCUCUUUCUUCCUAUUUAACACUAAUAUAGCUACUGUAAUAUAUUACAGUAUCAAGUUAUCCCAAUUAGAUAUUGGUAUGAGACAUGAAAGUUCGACACAUCCCAAACCUCAUCUCGAAAAAAUUCAUUGUUAUAAUUGAACAAAAGAAAUGUUUUUUUGGAUUAAUUAUCUUAUAGUAUAAUUUGCCGAGUACAAUUAAAUCAUAUUUUUGAUCGUUCACGUCUAAAUUGCAAUUGUCAAGUAAUGUACAGCCAAGCCGUUUUUUAAAUUUUUGUUUAAAACUUAUUUAUGCUUUCGUUGACACAAUUUGUCCACAAUUUUGUCGUGAUAAAUUCUUUCACGUCAAACUUUUAUCACCGUAUUCACUCUAAGUACUACGUUUUCAUAAUUUAAAAAGACAGCCGAGAUAAUUUUGAUAAAAAAAAUUUGAAUCAAUUAACAAUUUUAUUUGACAAAUAAUAUUUUUAGCAUUUUUAACAUAGUGAACCGUACUUCAGAAACUUUCGAACAUCCUUUCAUAUCAUGUUUGGAUCUUUAUCAUCUAAAGUCUGUUCUGAAAAGUUCAGCUCAAAAACAUGAAAAAAAUUAACCACUUUAGUGUCGUUAUAUGGAGUCAAAUAUAUAUAUUGAGCUAUAUUUUUUUUUCUUGUGAUUAGUUUUUAUAAUACACAUUGCAGUACUAUA